AUGGCAUCAACCACAAGCACAGCUGGCAACGAUUGGUCGGUCCACGCGCAACAAUACGCCAAACACAUCACAAGCUUCACAGGCAAAGGCGCCGCCGCGCUCGUCGCCUUCGUCAACGAAUAUGCUCCCUUGUCCCUCUCUUCAAAAGUUCUAGACGAAGGCGCAGGCACGGGGAUAAUGACCGAGAUGCUCGUGGCGCAGCACCCAGGCAUCACAGUCACGGCCGCAGACAUUGCUCCUGGCAUGCUCGAAAUCUUGGAUCAGCAGAAGCUACCCAAUGUCAGCACAAAAGUCGUCGAUGCUGCAGCAGACCAUCAAGCUCAAGGCCUAGUCCCAAAAUCCUAUUCUCACGUCCUCAGCUCCUUUCUGGUACAGUUCGUCAAUCCCGGCCAAGCUGCUGUCAACGAGAUGUUUCGCAUGCUUCAACCAGGCGGCACUCUCGGCAUCGCGACCUGGGAAGUACUCUCGAUGGGAGAGCCGUGGUUGAUUGCGUGCAAGAAUCUAGAUCCGAACUUCACCUUCUCUACGCCCUUCAAAUCGUUCAACAACGCGACAUCCCUCGAAAAUGCUCUCCAGGAAGCUGGGUGCAUGGACAUUCACAGCACGAGUGCUGAUAUCUGGUGGGAACCUGAUAGCGUGGAGCACUUUGUGGAAGUAUUUAUGGACUCGCAGAAUCCGGCUUAUGUAGUGAUGCAGGAGGCGUUCCACGGGGACAGGGAGGAGGCGAGGGCGGAAAUGACGAAGGUCGUGAGGGAGAGGUAUGCGGAUCUGAGGUUCUAUUUGAAGGCUGUUUGUGUUGUUGGAAAGAAAGGGUGA